UCUGCGAGCGGAGUGGAGUCUCCGGAAGUGGCCGUUGUAAACACCGUCUCCAGGGGGUUUGUCCCCUCGCAGCCCACCUUUGCUAUUGGUUCACCACCCCCGGGUCCUAGGCUCAGUCCGGUCCAAACAGUGUUUGCUUUGAUUUGACCCCCGCGACCAGCCUGGGCCUGAGAUUUGAAGCUGCCCCUGGGGUCCCUCCCGGGUGUGCGGUCUGGACCACGGGAGCCCCCGGAGACUUUAGUCCAUCUAACCUGUAAGUCACAGACAUCUUGGACAAUUUUAAUCAUCAAUAACAGUGGGGUAUUUCGCAAAAGAGUUGGAAGACUUCACCAUGAGUUUAAACACUUCAAGUAAUGUUACUGUUGAUAUCCAAAGGUUGAAGACUGUCUCACCUGAUGUAAAACAAAUGCCUAAAAGUGAAGCAGAAUUGGAUAUUACUACUGAUUUCAGAAAGAAACUCCAUCGGGCUAAGAGAGAAAAAUUAGAAAUAACAACUAAGCACAAUGCAGAGCUGGCAAGCUAUGAGGGCCAGAUUGCCAGGCUACGCUCUGAGGUUGAAAAAGGAGAAGCAUUGCGACAAAGUUUGGAAUAUGACUUGGCUGUUGCUAGAAAGGAAGCUGGUCUUGGAAGACGGGCUGCUGAAGAAAGGUUAGCUGAGGCACAUAAGAUCCAAGAAAAACUCUGUGCUCAGAAUACAGAACUUCAAGAAAGGGCAAAUGAGAUUGAGAAUGCAUUUCAGAUUUCCCAGCAGAAAUGGAAAGAAGAAUGCAGAAGAUUUGAAUGUGAUUUGGAAGAAAGAGACAAUAUAAUUCAAAAUUGCAAUCAAGAAUAUGAUUUACUUUUCAAAGAAAAAAGCAAACUAGAGAAAAUUCUGCAGGAGCAAGAUAGUGCUGUACAAAGUAUGCACAAGAAAGUAGAAAAAUUAGAAGCCGAACACAUGGAUUGCUCUGACCUUUUACGGCAACAAACAAGUGAACUUGAACUUAGCACUCAACGAGAGGAACGUCUUCGAAAAGAAUUUGAGGUGACUACACUACGAGUGAGGAAAUUAGAAGAAAAUAUUGAAGCAGAAAGAGCAGCACAUUUGGAAUCAAAAUUUAACUCUGAAAUUAUUCAGUUGCGGAUUCGAGACCUUGAAGGAGCUUUGCAGGUAGAAAAGGCCAGCCAAGCAGAAGCUGUUGCUGAUUUGGAAAUGAUCAAGAAUGAGUUCAGAGAAGUUGAAAGUGCAUAUGAGCGAGAAAAGCAUAAUGCACAAGAGAGCUUUGCAAAACUAAGUUUAUUAGAAAGAGAGUAUUCUUCCAAAAACAAGAAACUAAAUGAAGAGAUUGAGGAGCAGAAGAAAGUAAUUACAGACCUUUCAAAGAGACUUCAGUAUAAUGAAAAAAGUUGCAGUGAAUUACAGGAAGAACUUGUAAUGGCUAAGAAGCACCAGGCCUUCCUAGUAGAGACAUGUGAAAAUAACGUGAAAGAAUUGGAAUCGAUUGUGGACAGCUUUACUGUGUCGGGCCAGUGUACAUCAGGCAUCCACAAAGACAAAGCUAAACCUCCCAGCUUCUCUGUUGUCCUUGAGACUCUGAGGCGUACCUUGACAGAUUACCAGAACAAGCUGGAAGAUACAUCUAAUGAGCUAAACAGUGUGAAUGAUGCCAAGGAAAAGACAUCUACUGAACUUGAUUCUACCAAACAGAAGAUAGAAUCUCACACUAAAAAUAUAAAGGACCUUCAGGAUAAGCUGGCUGAUGCCAAUAAGGAGUUGAGUCAUUUGCGCAGUAAGUGUGCAGAUAGAGAGGCGCUGGUCGGCACUUUAAAAGUGGAGCUACAGAACGUGCUUCACUGCUGGGAGAAAGAGAAGGCACAAGCGGCCCAGUCCCAGUGUGAACUGCAGAAGCUUUCCCAGGCUUUCCACAAGGACUCCGAGGAGAAGCUAACCUUCCUUCAUACCUUGUACCAGCAUUUGAUAGCAGGCUGUGCGCUCAUAAAACAACCAGAAGGCAUGCUGGAUAAAUUCUCUUGGUCUGAGCUUUGUGCAGUCUUGCAGGAAAAUGUUGAUGCCCUGAUCGCAGACCUCAACAGGGCUAAUGAGAAGAUAAGUCAUCUGGAGUAUAUCUGUAAAAACAAGUCUGAUACGAUGAGAGAGCUUCAGCAGACCCAAGAAGACACCUUCAACAAAGUGGCCGAGCAGAUCAAAGCCCAGGAGGGCUGCUGGCAGAAGCAGAAGAAGGAGCUGGAGCUGCAGUACUCGGAGCUCCUCCUGGAGGUGCAGAAGAGGGCACAGAAAUUUCAAGAAAUUGCUGAAAAAAAUACGGACAAAUUGAGCCGUAUUGAGAAGUCACACGAACAGUUGGUUCUUGAGAAUUCACGCAUCAAAAAUGUGUUAUCACAGACUCAAAAGGAACAAACAUCCUUGCUGGCAGCCUGCGCCCUGAUGGCUGGUGCCUUAUACCCUCUCUACAGCCGGUCCUGUGCCUUGUCUACACAGAGAGAUUUUCUCCAGGAUCAGGUCAACACCUUUGAGUUGUUCAAAUUGGAAAUUAGAACUCUAGCCCAGGCUUUGUCGACUGUAGACGAAAAGAAGCAAGAGGAAGCCAAGAUGAAGAAAAAACCAUUCAAAGGAUUGAUACGUGUAUUCCGGAAAGGUGUUAUUGCAAUUUUGGCAGCAAACAGACUCAAGGUUUUGGGCCAGUCAUGUGCCUCUCUUUUUACCUGGAUGGAGAGUUUUAAAGACGGCAUAGGCAUGUUGGUGUGUACAGGAGAGCCCAAAGACAAGCAUAAAUUUCCAAAACAUCAAAAGGAGCAGUUACGUUGUUUGCAAGCACUUAGCUGGCUCACCAGUUCUGACCUUCUUGCUGCAAUAAUCGCUUCCAUGGCUGAGUUACAGGAAGUCAUUAGUAAAACAGAUCCAAAUUCUAGAAUUUGUGGACAUUUACUUAUAGGUGCAGCCAAGAAUUCUUUUGCAAAACUCAUGGAUAAAAUUAGUUUGAAAAGCACAGCAUCAUUACAGAAGCAAAUCUUUGGAUUUACACAAAGGCUGCACACAGCAGAAGUGGAGCGCCGCUCACUGCGCUUAGAGGUCACAGAAUUCAAACGAAAUGUGAAUGAGAUGAAAAAGGAGCUUGACAAAGCCCAGGGUCUCCAAAUGCAAUUAAAUGAAUUUAAGCACUCUAAAUUGAUCACCCAUGAGAAGUUUGAAAGUGCAUGUGAAGAACUGAAUAAUGCAUUAUUUCGGGAACAGCAGGCACAAAUGCUAUUGAAUGAACAGGCACAGCAACUACAGGAGUUGAAUUAUAGACUCGAAUUGCAUUCCAGUGAGGAAGCUGACAAAAACCAAACUCUGGGAGAAGCGGUUAAGAGUCUCUCCGAGGCAAAGAUGGAGCUGAGAAGAAAAGAUCAAUCUCUGCGUCAGCUCAAUAGACAUCUUACCCAGCUGGAGCAGGACAAGCGUCGACUGGAGGAGAACAUCCACGAUGCUGAGAGUGCCCUCCGCAUGGCAGCCAAAGACAAAGAUUGUGUUGCCAGUCAUAUGAGAACAGUAGAAAAUAUGCUUCAUAAGGUCAGAGAUCAGAUCUCGCUGUCACGGACUGCGGCAAGUAGGAAUGACUUCACCCUGCAGCUACCCAAACUGCACCUGGAGACCUUUGCAAUGGAGGGGCUCAAGGGCGGGCCAGAGGUUGUAGCGUGCCAGGCUAUGAUUAAAAGCUUCAUGGAUGUCUACCAGCUUGCAAGCACCAGAAUUGCAACCUUAGAGAAGGAAAUGACAUCUCAUCGAAGUCACAUUGCAACCUUGAAAUCAGAACUUCACACAGCUUGUUUACGUGAAAAUGAAAGUUUACAAUCAGCAGGAUCACGAGACCAUUCAAAUAUCUCAAUUCCUUCAAGAGCUGCUCUUCCUGCUGACACCAUUGGUGUUGCGGAGUUUUUGCCAUUGAAAGCUGAACUUGAUACAACUUACACUUUCUUAAAGGAGACAUUUAUAAAUUCUGCGCCCCUGACAUCAUCUCACUCCUCUCCAGUAACUACGUCUGCUAACACCAAAAGACCAGCUCAGAUUGGAUUAUGACAUUAUGAAAUUUUAAAAAAAAUGUAGGAAGAGUUAACAGUACAAUUAAAAUUGUUUUGAAGGGGGAUUUUCUUAUCAGUUGACUUUUGUUUCAACACAAGUGACAGUGGGUUUUUAAAAAUUGUGUGGUAUCGUGAUGUGUGCAGGUAUCUGUGUCUCCCUCAAUAAUGAAAUAACCAACUCCCCCUGCCCCCCAAGUUUUAUUUAUUAUCACAGUUGCUCAUUUUUAUGUAACAUAUUUUUAAAUGUUAAGGAAUGACACAUUUUGGGUAAUUUCCUUCAGACUUAAAAAAAUCAAUAAGCCAUUUUAGUCUCUAUCUAUCAAAGUUGUUUCAUACUUGUCUAUUUUAAAGCAGGACUGCAAUACUUUAAUAGGAUUGAGAGAGCUAUUUGAAAUGUAUGCCAAUGAUUCCUGUCAUUUCAUGGCAGCCCUGCCAUGGUUCACUGAGCCCCCUCUUCUCUCUUGUCAGCUCAACUGAAGACAAGCAUUUAGUUGCAAACUUUAAGCAGGUUGUGCAAAACAGAAAUGAUGUGACUGCUUUUCCUCCUGCACAAUAAUGUCACUCCUGGUCAAUGUGAGAAGGUCAGGUUGCUCCUUGUAAAGCUACAUGAUACCACUUGCCCAUUUGAACAAGUUCAGUUAACUGCUGAAUCGGGUCCCUGCAGGCGCUGAAAACGCAUCCUUUUAUCAGGCCUGCGUCAGAUAAGAAAGCGGGGCAAUUGUGCUGGGAAGGUUUCUGUGGUUUGU